AAAGGACCACAAGAAAAGAAACGGAAUUCAGCACUCAACAGUCAGUCUGUGCAUUCAUCAAUGUUUUUUUUAUAAGCUUUUUAUUUGCUCCUUUUUUUAUCAACAGCUAACAGCCUCUUCUCCCUUCUCCCCUCCUCGACAACAGAACAGAAUAUUGCUUCUUCUUCCAAGCCUUCUCUUCGUCCUUUGUCUUUCCACACUAACCCCCCCUCUCGUCUUUUCUUCGUAUGAUAAGAUUCAUUUAAUUUACAGAAGAGGAGGAGUAACAAGAAGAAGAAGAAGAGUACAAGAAUUCACUUCCUUCGAUUGAUCCAACGUUAGAUUAAUCUGUCUGGAACCCUAUUGUGGCAUCAUCAAUCUACAGAACCAUUCAUAUCACCCCGUCUCUCGUUUUUUUCUUUCAGUUUAUUGUUCUUCUACCAACCCAAGGGAAGAGAACCUGCACCGAGGAAGGAGACACGCCGUCUCUCUUUCUUCCCUCGUCAUUAUUUUUUUAAUUGCUAAAUGAUUGUCUGAGCAGAGCAGACUUGGUGAAUGAGCGUAGCGAUCGGCCAAGGGGAUCACAGAAAAGACCAUGGAGAGAUUCUUAUUAGCUGUGGACACCAUGGGAGCAAAUCAGGUGGGAGGAGGACAGACUCUCUUGGGCACCAUCAAAAUUGCUGUUCUGCCCAUUGCCAAAGUUUUUACCAUGUGCUUCUUGGGAUUUCUCAUGGCCUCCAAGUAUGUUAACAUCUUGCCUGCUAGUGGAAGGAAACUCUUAAAUGGGUUGGUGUUUUCACUUUUGCUUCCUUGUUUGAUAUUUUCUCAACUUGGACAAGCUGUCACUUUACAGAAAAUGUUGGAGUGGUGGUUUAUUCCCGUGAAUGUUGUUCUUAGCUCCAUCUGCGGCUCGCUAAUAGGGUUUAUUGUUGCAUCCAUUGUCCGGCCACCUUACCCAUUCUUCAAGUUCUCAAUUGUACAAAUCGGAAUUGGGAAUAUUGGGAAUGUGCCACUUGUUUUGAUUGCAGCUUUAUGUAGAGAUUCAUCUAACCCUUUUGGUGACUCGGAAAAAUGUAGCACAGAUGGGACUGCCUACAUCUCGUUUGGCCAGUGGGUUGGUGCAAUCAUUCUAUACUCAUAUGUAUUCAACAUGUUGGCACCUCCUCCGGAAGGUACCUUUGAUCUUGAUGAACCGAAUCUUCCCAUCAAGAAGCCAGCCAAAGAUGCUCCCAUGGAGGAAGUCCCAUUGCUUGCCCAGGAGGAGGCACCGGCAGAACCAGAUGCUCCAAAGAGAGGGAAGAUCAAACAGGUUCUUGUCUUUGUCUAUGACAAGUUGAAGCUCAAGCAAAUUCUUCAGCCCCCUAUCAUUGCUUCGAUCCUAGCUAUGUUCCUUGGUGCAGUACCGUUCUUGAAGCAAUUGAUCUUUACAACUGAUUCUCCCCUUUUCUUUUUCACUGACAGCUGCAUUAUUCUUGGGGAGGCCAUGAUUCCAUGCAUUUUGCUGGCACUAGGAGGCAAUCUCGUUGAUGGACCUGGAAGUUCUAAACUUGGGUUUCGGACAACUGCUGCUAUUAUUUUUGGUAGGUUGGUUUUGGUGCCACCUACUGGACUCGGCAUUGUUAUGUUGGCUGAUAAGCUUGGCUUCCUUCCUGCUGGUGAUAAGAUGUUCCGGUUUGUUCUGCUUCUGCAGCAUUCGAUGCCUACAUCUGUCCUUUCUGGUGCUGUGGCCAACCUAAGAGGAUGUGGAAGAGAAGCUGCUGCUGUCCUAUUCUGGGUUCAUAUUUUUGCUAUUUUCUCAAUGGCUGGAUGGAUUGUCCUUUAUCUGAACCUACUCUUCUGAAAGUGCUGAUCAAGCCAUUGCUGACAUAGAGCUAUCUUCAGUUGCAAUUUCUAUUACUGCCUGCUCGGGUCGAUAGCCAAGUAGAUGACCAAAAACUUGAAAUAACUCUUCUUUUUGUGAGACUCAAGCCUGAGACCUCUUGAAGGGCGGGUGGACAUCGGCACCAAUUGUUGGCAUAGCCUAUGUUUAUAAGAUCUGCAGGAAGGAGCUCCGGAGUACUCAUUUAAAUUUAAUUUGAUUCUGUUUUUCAUCCAUCAGCUGCCAUAACAUUCUUAAUGCUUCUCUCUUUAGUUAAUUUUUUCUGUAUUUCCGUUCCUGUAAAGUAUUUAGUUACGAGAACCACAUUGAAGUGUAUGGCGAUGAGACCGGUUUCCCAAUCAAGUUAUGCCAGCUUAAGCUUGGAUAUCCUCCACGAGGUUUAUGGGUU